AUGGGUUGUCGAGUCGUCUCUGGCGGCUGUCACCUGACGGAGCAAAAAAAAUGGCAACUUUGCGGCUCUCUGGCGGCUGUCACCUGACGGAGAGGAGCUGGAUGGAGGUGGGGCGCGUGUUAGGGAGCUUCAUCCUCAGGUCCGCGCAGCAAGAGGAGGCUUUUCAUCGCAUCUGGUAUGCUCUCAAGAGGUGGCGACUCGUCUCCUGGCAGAUCGUCCUCUUCCUGACGACGGCUUGUUCGUCGAUCAAUCGGAGAUGAUUUACUCGAUGGAUUCGCGAUCCUUUUAUCGCGAAUCGUUUAGCAAUUUUAGUAGCAAUGCUCCGCGAAUCGCAUUGAUGAGAUUUUCGCCGAUGAUCUAGUGAUUCUCGUUGCUUAAUCCUUCACCGGCGAUCUGCAGGAAAGUCGCGAUAAUCAGAUAAAAAUAUAUGAAUUUUGACUCUGGGAGGAUUCGAACCCGCACCGGUUGUCCGCCCCUUCUGAGGAAGGUGUGACGCGGGUUUAGUCCCAUAUCGGUUGUGUGCCAAUUUUUCAUACGAAUAUAUAGUAAUGUUAGCUUUCUAAACAAAGUCCUUUCUCUCGCGUGUACGACCACUCCUUGCCCCACAGCUGGCUAGCCACCGGUGACGUGGAAGGGGAGUGGUGCACACGUGCCCCUAUCGGUCCAAGCCGCUCGAGCCCUUGCUCGCGGCUACUCCCCGACUGAGCUUUCGACCCACUUGCGGGCCCGGCUGGCCGGCGGGUCCCCCCCUCAUUUUGUCUUAUUUUUAUUUCUUUUUCUUCAUUUAUCUCAAAAGCAAGACUGUAAAAAUCAUAUAAAUUCAUGUAAAAUCACAUAAUUACCCAAAAAUUCACAUUAAUCAACUGAAAACCACUUUUCACACUUUAACACAAAUAUAAGUCUAUUUAUCAUGAGUUAAGGCUAAAACUAUAUUAUUUACUAAUUAUUAACUCAUGAUAAUGAAGACUUAUCAUGUAGUGAAGCCUAAAAAUUGUUUGAAUACAUCAAUGUUUAAAAUCAUCUCAUUAGCUUCAUCUUUAGGUGGGAUGCAAUUCAUAUGAUGUAAUUCCACAUUUUUAUCACUUUUUCUGUGAUGGUGGUUCUAGAGAGUUACAAGAAGUUUAUUCAUAGAUAUUUAGACAUUUUUAUUUUCAUAACACCAUAUUGUCAAAGCAAAAAGAGGAUUGGUACGUUGUUGGUUUCUCUUUCUAUUGACAGUGUUAGUCUAUCACGGCUGACCCAUUUGAGAGAUGUGCGAGAGAACCUCUCUCAUCUCAAUUAUUUGGGAGAUGUGCGAGAGAGCUCUCCCAUCUAACUCAUUGGGGAGGUGUGUGAGGAGUAAAGGGGCAGCGACAUGA